CGCUGACACCUUUCCUUUACCACACACCCCAGCACACGGAAUGAGUAAUUCAAAAGCGUUGGACUGGGCCGAAGAGGACGAUGGUAGCUCGCUUCCUCCUACUCAGGUUGUGAACAAUCCUGACGGCACAAAAACCGUUACGGAGUACCGUGUGAAUGAUGACGGCAAAAAAGUUAAAGUUGUUCGUGUCAUUAAGUUGACAGUCGUGAAGGAACGUGUUCAACAAGCCGUUGCUGAGCGUAAGAAGUGGGCCAAAUUUGGUGCCGAAGCUGGCAAAAAGUCUGGUGUCGAUGUCCGUACCACCAGUGUUGGUGAGAACGUUCAACUGAGACUCCAACUGGGCUGGACCAACAACCCCGAGCAAGAGCAAGAGGAGGCCGCCUUGUCCGCUGUCAAGGAGAAGGCGAAGACAGGCUCUGUCGUCCGUUGCCGUGCUUGUAAGGGUGGUCAUUUCACAGCAUUGUGUCCCUACAAGGACAUUAUUGGGCCUGUGGAUGAGCCGGCUGAGACUCCCUCGUCUGUUUCCAGUCGGUCGGGUGCCGGAGCUGCGACUGGCAGCCGUUACAUUGCUCCUCACUUGCGUGCUGGUGCCUCCCGUGAGGGAGGUGACUCGUUGUUCAAGCGUGAGCGCGACGACAGUGCCACUCUUCGUGUUACGAACUUGUCUGAUGAUACUCGUGAGGACGAGCUUCGUGACCUUUUCCGUCGCUUCGGUGGUAUCCAACGUGUGUUCUUGGCCAAGGACAAGGAGACCGGCCGUGCCAAGGGCUUUGCCUUUGUCAGUUACUACGAUAGAGAGAGUGCCGUCAAGGCCAGAGACCGUUUGGACGGUUACGGUUGGCACAACUUGAUUCUGCGGUGCGAGUUUUCCAAGCCCCGUGAUUAAAAAUCUUGAUUCCCGAAAAGGAAAUUGAAUGACGAGGACAUGGACAUGGACGAAAAAGGACGGAGACGGGUUACUCGACGAACGGUUGAUGGAAACGAGCCAACGGUUGGUUGACCUUUCUGAACUCGCGAACGGCGCUGAGAACAACAGGCGAGUAGGAGAAUUUUACUAGACAGGCCUUUACGCACACCCGAUCCAUGGCGUUUCAACUGUGUGUGUGUGUUUUGUGUUGUUACUCGUGAAUGCCAGUGGUAGAGCGGGGGGUCUUUUGUCUCUCUAUUUACUUUGUGCAUUCAUUUCAAGUUACACUUUACCUUCUCUCCUGGGCUCAAUUGUAUCUACGUCUGAAGGGUUUGCAGCGCCAAUAUAUGUCCGGUCUAGUGGCACACGACGAGCCGCUAAUUCGUUUGUAGUUUUUCUUUUUCUUUUUCUUGGCUCGUUUUCCCAUUCCCGGCUUUAGUAGACUUUACGAACAUGUGAAUACGACGAGUGGGGUUAGUGGGGGCGGAAAACGUGGAGGUACCGGCCGGUUAAGGGUGUAGCCGUCUUGCAGACGCGGUGGAGCAUUUGGCAGGUGCUGUGUUUCCCU